CAGGGCGGGAACCCCGGGCCCGCCCCUCCCGCCGGUUCUCGCCAUGGCCCCGGCGCUGCUGCUGGUCCCGGCCGCCCUCGCGUCUUUCGUGCUGGCCUUCGGCACCGGGGUGGAGCUCGUGCGCUUCACCUCCCUCCGGCCUCUCCUCAGAGGGAUGCCGGAGCCCGAGGGGCCCGAGGCGCACCAGGGCUGGCUGGCCGCCUUUCAGGACCGCGGCGUCCUGGCCCCCCUGGCGUGGGAUCUGGGGCUCCUGCUGCUAUUUGUGGGGCAGCACAGCCUCAUGGCGACGGAGGCGGUGAAAGUGUGGCUUUCCCGGUACUUUGGGGUUCUUCAGAGGUCACUGUACGUGGCAUGCACUGCGCUGGCCUUGCAGCUGGUGAUGCGAUGCUGGGAGCCCGUCCCCAGAGGCCCUGUGCUGUGGGCAGCGCGGGCCGAGCCCUGGGCCACCUGGGUGCCCCUGCUGUGCUUUGUGCUGCACGCCGUUUCCUGGCUCCUGGUCUUCAGCAUCCUCCUCGUCUUUGACUACGCGGAGCUCAUGGGCCUCAAGCAGGUGUACUACCACGUGCGAGGGCUGGGCGAGCCCCUCGCCCUCAAGUCCCCCCGCGCUCUGAGGCUCUUCUCCCACCUGCGCCACCCAGUGUGUGUGGAGCUGCUGACGGUGCUGUGGGUGGUGCCCACCCUGGGCACCGACCGGCUCCUCCUCGCCCUCCUCCUCACCCUGUACCUGGGCCUGGCCCACGGACUUGACCAGCAAGACCUCUGCUACCUCCGAGCCCAGCUGCAAAGGAAACUGCACCUGCUCUCCCGGCCCCAGGAGGGCGGGGCCGAGUGAGGAGGAGCCUGGUGUCAAGUCCCGUCCUCCUCCCCUUGGAACUCAAACCCCGGACACCCAGGCCCUGGCUUCUUCAGACCAGAGGCCCAAAUCCACGGGCUGAGGGGCCGUCCCAUCCACUCCACUCCCAGGCCAUCUCAGGCCCUAAAUCCCAAGUGUCAGCACUCAGAGGCCCCCUCCUGGCCAGCCAGGAGGGUGGGGGGAGGUUUGCUGGUCUCAGCUGAGGGCGUGGCACCCUUCCCAGCCUCCUCAGAGGGAGAAGGGUCCCGCCUGGCCACUCCCGGGCACUCGCCCUGCAUCUCAGGGUCCCCUUCGCCUCGCUCGCGCCCCAGGAGCUGGUGCAAGCCGCCCUCCCCCGCGCAUGGCCCUGCACCUCGAGGCCCCCUGGUUCCGUCCUGCAACUGCGCUGAGCGGACUCUGCCCUUCGUUGGGUGACUGGGGCUCCCUCUCUCCCGAGGAACCGCGGCGGGAAAAUAAAUCAGCCCGUUUCUCUGCA